AUGCAAUUGCUCUCGCUUCUCGCGAUUGGUGGCCUUGCUGCCUCGGCUGUAGCAAAGAGCUCUCGUGGUGCUGCAUUGGCUAGGAAGGGCAUUCAACCUCAGAAGCCUCGAUACACGCCGCGACCAGUCUCUGCCCACAUCCGCCGCGACGAGAAGACGAUAAUCCCGCAAACCGACAAGACAGCGAAAUACGUCGUCAAUGGCACAGCGGGCGCGAUCCCAGAGGUCAACUUCGACAUCGGGGAGAGUUAUGCAGGACUGGUGCCUAUUAGCGACAAGGCAAACGAAACCAGCGAGCUGUAUUUCUGGUUCUUCCCCAGCAAGAACGAGGAGGCCAGCGACGAGAUUACUAUCUGGCUCAAUGGUGGUCCAGGAUGUUCGUCCCUUGAAGGCUUCCUUCAGGAGAAUGGCCCCAUCAGCUGGCAAUAUGGCACAGCUCAUCCCGUGUAUAACCCAUGGAACUGGGCCACACUCACCAACAUGGUGUGGGUUGAGCAACCUGUAGGCACCGGUUUCUCCAAGGGCAACUCGUCGGCCACUAGCGAAGAGGAAAUCGCAGAGGAGUUUGCCGGCUUCUGGAAGAACUUCAUCCAAACGUUCGGCCUGGAAAACAGAAAGGUUUACAUCGCCGGCGAGAGUUACGCUGGCAAAUACGUGCCCUACAUUGCCGACGCCAUGUUAAACAAGGAGGACCCGGAGUUUUAUGAUGUGAAAGGCAUUUUGAUCUACGAUCCAAGUGUCGCCGAGGAUGUCCUGCUGGAAGACAUUCCCGCGGUUCCCUUCCUGGACUACUGGGCCAAUCUCUUCAACUUGAACGCCUCUUACACCGCGGAUCUUCACGAACGAGCGGACAAGUGCGGAUACACUGACUACAUGAACAAGUACCUUACUUUCCCUCCCGUCAGUAAGCUGCCCACCCCCAACAGCACUGCUAAGACACCCGGCUGUGGAGUGUGGGAAGACAUUAUCGAUGCUGUCAUGCUCACCAACCCAUGCUUUGACGUCUACCAAGUUGCCACAACCUGCCCACUCCUUUGGGAUGUUCUUGGCUUCCCCGGGUCUUUUGGCUACUUGCCAGAGGGAGAAAUGGUAUACUUCAACCGCACUGAUGUGCAGAAGGCCAUCAAUGCACCAAUUCAAGAGUGGGAGGAAUGCUCCGAUGGCGUGCUCGACACUGAUACCUCUGCGCAAUCGUCCUGGGAGGUUAUCCCCCGCCUCAUCGAUACUCUCGAUCGCACUGUUAUCGUCCAUGGCGACCUCGACUUUAUCCUUCUUGCCAACGGUACUCUCCUCGCCAUCCAAAACAUGACCUUUGGUGGCAUGCAAGGCUUCCAAUCGCCUCCCACCGAGGAGUUCUUCGUCCCGUACCACGAAAGCUACAGCGAUGGAAGCUUGGCCGCAAGCGGUAUAAUGGGCGUGGCCCACACCGAAAGGAAGCUAUCCUGGGUGUACCAAAGUUUGAGUGGACACAUGGUCCCCCAAUACCAGCCAAGCAGUGGUUACAGACAGUUGGAAUUCUUGCUGGGCCGGAUCGACAGCCUGUCAAGCACAGUACCUUUCACGACCAAGCCCGGUAGCAAUGGCGGCAACGGAACGUAUGCAUCCAUCAGCUCCGGAAGAUCGACAUCAGAUCUCAAGAUGUGGCUGUAA